AGGGCCUUCUUACUCGCUGGAAAAGGGUCAUAAAACCCUGGUACGAUUUUCUCGUUUCGAAUGUCUCAGUGUGAGAAAAUCGCAUUAAUUUAUCGAAAAUUCUUUCAUUAUGUUUCAAUGUAAUGUAACAAGAACAAAAAUUAGAAUCUGUUUCUUAACUUCGGUCGUUUUAUUAUUAAUAUUUUUAUUUCUUGUCAGUGACGAGCUUAUUAGCAGAAUUCGCUCGCCAACUGUUCGUUCUUGUGUUUUAUGUCCAUUCAAAAAUAAUGCAUCUUUGAACAAAGCUGAGUUCUUACAUUUUACGAUACUUUCAGAUAAUUCUCACGAGGAACCUAUUAAUGUAAUGUUGUCAUUUGUUCAUGCAAAUCGUAAUGUAAGAUUGAAAAAUAAUUUCAAUCGAUGUAUUUCGUCACUUCUUAUGCACUCGUCUGUACAUCUUCACCUACAUAUUCUCACAGAUGACUCCAGUGUUAAUGAUGCCAUUAAUAUGCUAGAAAAUGCAGCCCCUUUAGCCAAAACCGCAACUCAGGUUAGCUUAUACGAUGUAAAUAUAUUUGUAAAGCCUUUGCAAGACUUAAUCCAUACAAUUAGACCAUACUUCAGUGUUAAACAAGGAGCUUAUUACAGUGAUGAAUUAUUUUACGUAUCUAUAGCUUUAUACAAAAUUAUUAAUUUAAAAUAUUUAAUAAUGCUCGAUAUUGAUGUAAAAAUUUUAAAUGACAUCAAAUAUUUAUUUAACGAGUUCACAAAAUUCUCCAAUAAAGCUCUGAUUGGGAUGGCCAGAGAACAGCAACCUGUUUAUCGACAUAUUCUCAGUGAAUAUCGCAAACUUCAUAACGAUUCUAGAAUCGGUGGCCCACCCCCCAAUGGUUCUUCAGGCUUCAACAGUGGAGUUUUGCUAUUGCAUUUGCAAAAAAUUGGAAAUUCUUCUCUCUAUAAAAACAUUGUGGACAAUUCUACUUAUAUUCAAAAUCUCGUGGAAAAGUACAAGUUUAAAGGUCAUUUAGGUGAUCAGGAUUUUUAUACUUUAAUUAGCCUCGAGUAUCCCGAAAUUUUUCAUGAAAUUCCAUGCACAUGGAAUAGACAGUUAUGUGAAUGGUGGAGGCACCAUGGAUAUAGCAAAGUUUUCGAUUUAUAUCAUAAUUGUACUGGAAAAAUUUAUUUACUACAUGGAAACUGUAAUUCUUUAAUGCCAGAAUCGUAAAGCAAAUUUUACCUUUACAUCACAUUAGGAAAAGUACAAAUUUUAAGGUCAUUUAGGUGAUCAGGAUUUUUAUAUUUUAAUUAGCCUCGAGUAUCCUGAAAUUCCAUGCACAUGGAAUAGACAGUUAUGUGAAUGGUGGAGGCACCAUGGAUAUAGCAAAGUUUUCGAUUUUUAUCAUAAUUGUACUGGAAAAAUUAAUUUACUACAUGGAAACUGUAAUUCUUUAAUGCCAGAAUCGAAAAGCAAAUUUUACCUUUACAUCACAUUAGUUAGGCAGUUAACUGGCAAAGUGAUAGUAAAGAAAUAAAAAAAAAACUAUCAUGUUCCGUUUUUAGAGCAAGAGACUAAAAAUUGUGCGAUAUUUACCAUAGUUUUUAAUUAUUGUUAAAUGAUGAACUCCUAAAAGAAAAAAACUGUUCGGACUAAUCAUUAAUAAAAACAUGUUGGAAGUAUGGAGCUUGAA